AGGUCCUAGGCAGGGCAAUAAAUUGCACGGGCGCUUAGUUAUAAUAUGUGGGCUUCUGCUGUUGUAGCCUCCCUUCCACCUGCUUUGAAAUACAAGUUUCAGGUCUUUGCUGAGUCUGCAGCAGGAGCUGCCGGCGUCGCCUGGACUUAAACUACCAGGCAGUCUUUCUGCUCCCUCCCAUUUCUCCCCACCAGGGUCCCGCCCCUCGGGCCAGAGUGUCGCCGGGUCGCCGCGCUGGAGUCGCUUGUUCUGCAGGCUGGUUGGUGCUUGCCUUCCAGUCCCUGUGAACUUGGGGGAGGCUGCUGAGCACCCGUACCUGCUGAAGCCUCAGCUUCCAGAGCCUCCAGCAUGCGCGUGUGGGCCCCCGUGGGCGUCCUGGCCUCGUUGGCUUACUGUUUCCACCAGCGGCGGGUGGCUCUGGCCGAGCAUCGGGUACCUGAUGGCCAGUGUCCAGUGGACCGCAGCCUACUGGAGCUGAAAAUGGUGCAGGUUGUGUUUCGACACGGGGCACGGAGUCCGCUCAAGCCGCUCCCGCUGGAGGAACAGGUGGAGUGGAACCCCAAGCUUUUAGAGAUACCACCUCAAACGCAGUUUGAUAUCACCGUCACCGAUCUAGCUGGCGGCCCGAAACCUCAUUCUCCUUAUGACUCUGAAUAUCAAAAGACCACCUUGAAGGGCGGCGUGUUUGCUGGGCAGCUGACCAAGGUGGGCAUGCAGCAGAUGUUUGACCUGGGAGAGAGGCUGAGGAAGAACUAUGUGGAAGAUGUCCCCUUCCUUUCUCCUGUCUUCAACCCGCAAGAGGUCUUUGUCCGCUCCACCAACAUAUUCCGGAAUCUGGAGUCUACUCGGUGUUUGCUGGCUGGGCUUUUCCAACAUCAGAAAGGAUCGGUCGUCAUCCACACCGAUGAGGCGAGCUCUGAAGCCCUGUACCCCAACUAUCAGAACUGCUGGGGCCUGAGAGAGAAGACCAGAAGCCGGAAGAAGACUGCCAAUUUGCAGCCAGGGAUCUCCGAGGAUUUGGAAAAGGUGAAGGCAGGUGUGGGUAUCAGCAGUGGUGACAAAGUGGACUUCUUUCUACUCCUGGACAAUGUGGCUGCCGAGCAGGUGCACAGCCUCUGCAGCUGCCCAGCGCUGAAGAGGUUUGCCCAGAUGAUCGAGCAGAGAGCUGUGGACACGGCCUUGUACGUGCUGCAGCAGGAAGACAGGGAAAGUAUCCAGAUGGCAGUGGGCCCAUUCCUACACAUCCUGGAGGGGAACUUGCUCAGAGCUGUGGACCCCACAACCCCACCCAGCAAGACCAGAAAGAUGUACCUGUAUGCCACACAUGAUGUCACCCUCAUGCCUAUCCUAAUGGCCUUGGGGAUUUUUGACUGCAAAUGGCCUCCAUUUGCUGUUGACCUGACCAUGGAACUCUACCAGCACCAGAAAUCUAAGGAGUGGUUUGUGCAGCUCUAUUACCAUGGAGAGGAGCAAGUGCCAAGAGGCUGCCCCGACAAGCUCUGCCCACUGGACAAGUUCUUGACCGCCAUGUCAGCUUAUGCUUUAAGCCCAGAAAAAUACCACACACUCUGCUCCCAGGCACGGACAGUGGAACUCAGAGAGUGACGUGUUUACACAGACAAGUCUGAAACCACCUGUACCUGGUGCCCCAUGGAAGCCAGAAAGUGUUGGAUCUCCUGGAACUAGAGUUGGAGAUGGUUGUGAACUGCCAUGUGAUCUUCUGGAAGAACAGCCAGUGCUCUGAACUGCUGAGCAGUCUCUCCACCCGCAUGACAUGAUUUCUAAGAGCGUUGGUGUGAGCCUGGGAACUGUGAGCUUUGGGACUUGACGCUCUUUUCUUCUGUCAGCUUUACUCAGGCUCUAAUUGUGGCUAUCAGAAAGGUGGCUGCUUCUGCCUUUAAGUUGUUGCAAUUCAUUGAGAGACAAAUAUCAGUAAAUCAAUGGCUUACAGUGCAGUGUUCUUUUGUUUUUUAAGAUUUAUUAUGUAUGCAGUGUUCUGUCUGUACACCUGCACACCAGAAGAGGGCACCAGAACUCAUUACAGAUGGUUGUGAGCCACCAUGUGGUUGCUGGGAAUUGAACUCAGGACCUCUGGAAGAGCAGCCCGUGCUCUUAACCUCUGAGCCAUCUCUCCAGCCCUAGUGCAGUGUUUUUUAAGUUACGACAAUGUAUUAUGUGCAUGUUCUGAACAUAGAAACAGACCUGCUCCUCCUGGUAGGGGCUACACAGACAAGCCAAGAUCCUUCUCAGGAAAUUCUGUCUUAGUCUAAAUAAGCAUGGGAAUAAUAUAGUCAAAUUCAACAUUCAUCAAUAAAUAUAAUACAGAACGUAAAUAGACCUAAGGGCAGAAAUCACGCAAUCAUCUCAGAUACUGAAAAGCCUUCAGGCGAAGUCUGACAUUCCUUCAUGAUUAAGGCCUCGAAGAAACUGGGACUAGAAGAAACAUACCUCAGCAUAAUAAAGAGUGCGUAUGACACAUCUAUAGCUAACAUACAGUAAAUGAGGAGACUCUGAAAAGUCAGAAAUAAGACAAAUGUGUCUGCUCUGUUUACUCAGUGUGGUGCUUGAAGCCUAAGCUGGAGCCAUAAGGUACAGAAAUUUUUUUAAGGCAGCACACAAAUAGGAAAGGAAGAAGCCAGAUUAUUAUAUGCAGACAACAUGGUCCUGCACUUAGCAAACCCAGUGACUCAUCAGAAAACACUGAGCAAAGUAGAAUACAAAGUCAACAUACAGACAGCAGUAGCCUUUUUAUAUAACAAUAACAGGAAAUCAGAAAAAUAGUCUCCAUCACCAUAGCCUCAAAAAUAAAAAUUACUUUAAGAGAAAACUAAUCAAAGAAAUGAAAACCUUGUCCUGGUUACAUUUUAUUGUAACCUUGGCAGAACUAAGUACCUGGAAAGGGGAGUCUGAGUUGGAUUGCCCAGAUCAGACAGGUCUGUGGGGAAUUGUCUUGUUGCCAGUUGGUUUGGGAGGGCCCAGACUACUGUGGGUAGUGCCACCCCAAGACAGAGGGUCCUGGUUGUAUAAGAAACCUGGUGGGGCAAUAGCCAGGAGCAAGCCAGUAAGAAGCAUCCUCCCUGGUUUCUGCUUGUGCCCCCACCUUUACGUCCCUCGGUGAUAGAUUGUGAUCUAGAAGUAUAAGAUGAAAUAUUCCCUUUCCUUCCCAAGUCACUUUUGUCUUGGUUUAUCACAGCCACAGAAAGCAAAAUAGAGCAGAUCUCUACAAUGAAAACCUUAACAUGCUGAAGAAACCAAAGACAGUAGGUGAAGGGUUUUUCAAGCUCACAAAUCUGUAGUAUUAUUGUGAAAAUGGACAUACUACCAAGAGUACUUCACUGCAAACCCCACAGAAUUCCAGUGACAGUCUUAACAGGAACAGAAAAGACAGCCCUAAAACUGAUGUAGAAGCACAAAAGAGUCCAAGUAGCCAAAGCAAUACUAAGCAAAAAGCAGUACUAAAGGUCUCAUGAUAUCUCAAGGUAAGCCACAGAGUCAUGGUGUCAAAACCAGCAUGGUACUGGCACAACACCUCCAUAAAACAGUGGGGUGGAAUAGAAGACCCAGACAAGCCUAGGUGGCUGCAGGCACCCAAUUAUUGACAAAAAUGCCAAAAACACCACAGGAAAGACAAAAAAUAGUGCUGGAAACACUGGAUAUUCACAGGUAAAAGGAUAAAACUAGAUCUGGUGUGGGAGGUCCUUCUCUGUGUGUGUUGCUUUUCUUGGUUAAUGAAUAAAGAAACUCCCUUGGCCUGCUGAUAAGGCAGAAUUUAGGUAUGUGGGGAAAACAGGACUGAAUUCUGGGAGGAAGAAAUUAGUCAGAGAAGCAUCAUGGAGCCACCACCAGAGUCAGACAUGCUGGAACUUUGGUGGUAGGCCACAAUCUCAUGGUGAUAUACAGAUUAAUAGAAAUGGGAUAAAUUAAGAUGUGAGAGUUAGCCAAUAAGAAACUAGAGCUAAGCCAGGCGGUGGUGGCGCACUCCUUUAAUCCCAGCACUUGGGAGGCAGAGGCAGGCGGAUCUCUGAGUUCGAGUCCAGCCUGGUCUACAAGAGCUAGUUCCAGGACAGGCUCCAAAACCACAGAGAAACCCUGUCUCGAAAAACCAAAAAAAAAAAAAAAAAAAGAAAGAAAGAAA